AUGACAUCAAAAGCUACGGUUUAUUCGCAGCGAAUAGCACUCCUUGCCAGUCGAAUUUUCGCAGACACUACAUCUUCAUACCCACCACCAAAAGUUGUCCGAAUAAUGAGCGAACAGCCAGAGGCCGUAAAAAUUCGUGAUUGGUAUCCUCCCCUUGAAGAAUACUCGGAAAUAUUAGCAACUCUCCGCAGGAUUGGUCUUUAUCGAGACGAACAUGCUGAUUUCCGUGAUGAAAUGGAUCGACUUCGGGCUUUGAGAGGCAAGAAGAAGUGGGUGAAGGGCAAAAGGGUUGAUUAUUUUUCGAAUAACUGA